AGCCUCUAAGGUUAUUUAUUUAGAUACAGUAAAGAUCCAACAAUGUUCCUAAAAUAGGCACUUUACAUUCAACUUCUCAACUCUCGAAAAUAAACACAGUCUGGGAUCAUAUCCACUCUGUCUGGAACCGUAUUAUAAACCAAUCUAUACUCUUAUUAGUAUACGCGUUGUAGCUCUACUUACAAGCACGAUCACAUAGACCUUAUUGAACGAGUGCGAGAUUAGCUUCACACUGCCGCAAGUAUAGUAACUCCAGUGAUCUAAAUAGCUUGAAAGUAUGUUCAAGGCUUUGGUCCUCGCUGUUGCGAGUGUAUGCGCAGUCCAAGCGUCAGGAUCCGUACCUGUGUUUGUCUGGUCACCAGAGAGUCUGGCGCCUGCGGUGAGCUCAGGCUUCGCCCCAUCGGCGACUGAGAUCGCGAACCAAAUAACAACCUCUAAAGCCGAAGAGGACAAAACUAUAGUCGUAUUUCUGCAAGACAAGCUCAGCAACUUCGACUUCUCACGCUACGCUGGCUCUGAUGGGGUCAGUAGCCCGCUGUUGCAGUCGCUGUUGCACAACACCAACUCGCACGUGUACGACAACGUGCUGGAUGCAGCAGACAUUGUCAGACACACCGUGACAAAGACGGCCGAUCGCACGCACGAGAUUGAGUCCGUUGCGGAGUUGGAUAUUCUGGACCUCGGAGACGGAGUGCACACUAUCCUCGUGAAACUCAGUUCACCCGCUACCACUGGGGCUGCUAACCAGUUCGCAGUCAACGAUAAGCUCAUUGGUGAUGUAAUGGAGAAGAUCGCGCGGGCCACCAAUGACAAGUACGUCGCUGUACUUACCGCUAGCGAGCCCUCUGAGUACCUCGAUCUCAACUUUGUUCACAAGCUCAGCACCGUUAAGCAUCGACGACAGGCUGAAGAGGGGGAUGCUGAUCCGUCUGAAGGUGGUGCUAAGGCUAUUGACCCGGCUACUGUACAGAAUAGGUACUUCUCUGCGCCUAUCAUUACCGGUCUGUUUGUGCUGGCAAUCUUCACCUUCCUGAUUUACUUUGGCAGCUACACCUUGUGUGAGAUGCAGUCGCCCAUUCGCUUCCAAGAUCCAUCGAUCCCACUGGUGGGUAAGGAGGAGUAAAUUAGAAGUUUUCCCGAGCAAAAAUCUGUAAAAGAAAAAUAAUAAAGGCAUUUAGGUUUAAACAGG